AUGUAUAACACAGAUUUUAAUAGAAACGAAAAUUUUUGGAAUGGUUUGUAUAUAUGCCAAAAUCAGUCAUCUUCUUGCGAAAAAUGUGAACGAGCUCACAGAUUUGAACAAUUAUUGAGUCAUUUAACAUUAGCAUCAAAAGCAGAAAAUUAUGAAGAACGAAUUUCUACAACUGUAGUUGCAAUUUGUGCAGACGAGAAAUUGAUGGCACCACUGCAGCUAAUUUUACCACGAGAAUUCGAUGAACGUAAACACAUCGUAGACAGUAUGGCGCAAAAAUAUCUGCAACAAGCUAGCAAAAGUGUUCAACACCUUGUCCCUAUUAAAAGUGUUGCUGAUGGAAACUGUCUAUUCAAUUCAAUCAUAUCACUUUUGCCAGAUUCCAAUCUAUCUGCUGUUGAAUUAAGAGUUCGUACGGUAAUCGAGCUUGUUAAGAAUAAAAUUUACUAUGUAAACCAAUGUAGCAAUCAUGUUGGUCCUUUUGAAGAAGCAUUGCGACGAACAUGUAAUAACAAUACCUUUUCUGAGCUAUACGAAAUUGUCGCUCUCGCUAACGUCUUACAAUGCGAAGUACAAAGUGUGUAUCCAUAUAUUGAUUACCGGGCUGAAAUGAAAAUUAUGAAUCAAAUGUACAAAUCAGCAGAAACAUUGGUUCCAAAUAGUAGAAGAGUAAUAAUCUUCUGGUCUAGUACUGAAGAUGAAAUUUCAACAAGGACACGUCCUGGUAAUCACGGUAUUUGGAAUCCAAAUCACUUUGUUCCACUGUUAGAGCAAUAUCGAAGCUAUCGAACGGAGGAUAACGAGAGAGUCAGUACGACACCAGAAAGUCCACGAAAAGCAACUUCAAAAAACAGUCCAGCGUCGUUCAUACAAAGUCUUGAGUUUUCACCACCUCCUAAUACCACAAAACAUAAGGAUUCGGCUGAAACAUACUUUGAAACCAUUCCUGUAUCACAAGCGGCCUCAAAUAGAUCAAGUGAAAGUGAAGAUCAGCGAAACGCACGUCUGACUGAACAGCGGAAACGAUCGGUCUCAAAUAGAUCAAGUGAAAGUGAGGAUCAGCGGAACGCACGUCUCACCGAGCAGCGAAAACGAUCGAUCUCAAAUAGGUUAAGUCACAGUCAACAGAGAAAAACUGCACGUUUGACAUGCAGGCAACAGCAUUUAAAAGAGAUAGAGUCCGUUGGUAGAAAGCAGCUCAUGAUGAAACAAACUCAGAUUAUGAGUAUACAGGGUCAGCGACGAGUAUUAGAGAGAAAAAAACAAGCUCUAAUCGACCAAUAUCACUGGCCAGCGGCCAUACCAAUGCAAUUAAAAGAGUGCUGUUUGCAAGACUUUUCAGACCAUAUGUCUAUGUCAGUUUUACGACAAUCUAUUUGCAUUAUCUGCAAUGUUCGGGCAUCUGCUAAUACAAUGAAAGAAUAUGCUCUUCAAAAUAUUCCGCACUCAGUAAAGCUUUCUUGCCAUGCAGAUUUAAUUGAUAUCAUCCCUAAAUCUCAACAAACCGCGCAAAAUGAGAAUACAAGUUCAAUUUUCUUUUCUUUGUCAAAUGCGGUUUUCUACAAGAAAGGAUACAACACAUUAGCAAAAACUGGCAAUAUAUGUCAAGAAUGCAACAGGGCACUCGCUAAAGAUCAAGUGCCGAUAUUUUCCGCAGCAAACAAGAUGUGGAUUGGUGACAUGCCGCUAGUACUUCAACAGCUGACUAUUGCUGAGGAAAAACUCAUCUCUCUGUAUCGACACAACAGCUGUGUUAUCAAGUUACACUCUCCGUUUCACCAUCAUUCCACUGCUCAGACUGCACUCAAAGGCAAUGUGAUCACAUUCAUGCAUAACAUGUCAAAUAUUGUUACAAGUCUACCAUUGGACGUCGAAGACCUUUGUGAUACAUUAAAAAUUGUUUUUGUCGGUGCAGACAUACCAAAUCGUGUAGAAUUGCUUAACGAAAUAAAUAUCGCUAAAUUACCUGAAGACGACGUUCCAGAAUCUAUCUGGACGAUAAUAGAGAGAAUAGAAAAUGCUGCUGAUGGUGACGUGGAACGAGCAGGAUAUACUGGCGAUCCAUUAGUAGAUGCUGUCACUCAGGGUGAGGCACAUACAACAAAUAUUUUCCCAAUAACAACUAGUGCCAUACUCGAUGUUAAUGGAACAACUAUCGCAUCGAAGGAUAUCGGUGUGCAUCUACUUCAUAAAAUCAAAAAUAGUUCAAGCAAAGCAUUGAUUGACCCGUCAGAUAUAUCCACAGACAAUAUGGAGAAUGAAGAUGUUUACGUAAUUCCUAGAUCUAAUAUGCCAGUCAAUGACUGUGCCAAUCCAGAAUUUCUUCUUGGUCUAUUUCCAACCCUUUUCCCCUAUGGAUGUGGUGCACCGUACGAUUCAACGAGACCGAGUCCAGUAUCAUUGAACCAACAUAUUCGUUACCUACUUGCAUAUGAGGAUCAACGCUUUGAGAAGCAUCAUUCAUUCAUGUUUGUUCUUUUUAACAUAAUGCAGCGGCGACAGGCAUGUUGGAAUGCAUCUCUUAUGGCUUCGCGACCUUACUUUCAGGACACAGCUACUGACCUUCAGACACUGACAAGUAAAGAAAUUGAGACAGCGUUGAUCAGUGCAACCUCACAAACGUUCUCUUCAAUAACCAAUCCACGAGUCAAUAUGCUCAUGAAACGAAUUAGGACGGUGGGUGGCAAUGUUAUGGGCUCGGCCUAUUCGCGUGCUUCGCUUCGCACUCAGAUUCAUGCUCUCAUAUUCAAUCAGGGUCUUCCCAGCAUUUUCAUGACUAUCAAUCCCGCCGACAUUCACAGUCGUGUCGCUCUUUAUUUUGCCGGCGUAGAUCUUGAUCUUGAUACAAUUCUACCAGAAAAAAUACCAUCAACCUAUGAGCGUGCUCAAAUUAUAGCUUCACAUCCUGUAGCUACCGCUCGCUUUUUUAACGUGCUUAUUUCGUCUAUUCUUAAGUGUAUGGUGGAAAAGGGUGUACUUGGUCCAAUUAAAGCCUAUUUUGGCACAGUUGAGAAUCAGGGUCGUGGGUCAUUGCAUUUGCAUAUUCUCAUGUGGCUUGACCACGAUCUAACACCAUCGCAGCUGAAAGAAUCAGUUAAAAACGAGGAGUUUCGAAAUGGUCUUCUCGGCUACUUGGAAGAUAUCAUCAAACAAGAUGGUGUGGGUGUGGGUGUGGGUGUGGGUGACAAGAAAAUCAUUCAAACACAUCGACACCCACUCACCCACACCCACACCCACCGUAAUUUGAAACUCAUAUUCCACCUACAAAAAAUACGAAUCAACUAGUUUUGUUUUUUCUAUACGUUAAAAUCAAUUUUCAGGUAGGAGAUUAUUAUGGUUUGAUUGAAUAACAAAUAUUUUGUUUAAAACUCAAGGUGAAUUUCGUCGUAUUGGUGUGAUCGCUUUUGGAUGAAUAUCACGAAUAUAUUGAAAAACAUUCAGUAUUCAAAAGAUGUUUUCAACAAAUUUCGGUUAAAAAAUUAUUAGUUGACGAUUGUAUUUCAAUCAUUCGUAAUCUAAAAGAUCUUUGGGAAUCAUAUUUUGGUUGUAUAAUAAUAAUAAUAAUAAUAAUAAUAACAAUAAUAAAUCUUCUCGACUUGAAGAUUUAACAAAUGAAAUUUUUCAUAAAAUUUUCGAAUAUCUCGAUACAUAUCAUGCUUAUAAAGGAUUUUAUUAUCUUAACCAACGAUUUAAAAAUUUAUUCAUAGAUUCAAAUUAUCUAAGAAAAAUCAAAAUUUGUCUUAAAAAUGUAGAAAUGUAUUGGAAAGAGUUUUCUCUCACAAGCAUGAAGUCGUAGAGAGGAAAAGUUCAUUAAUCCAAUGCGCUCUAAGUAACAUCGAUUGUUUAUUCCCGCUAGUACGCCUCCGGACUUUCAACAAUUGAUUAGAGUCCACUGCUAUUUUGUCAAUAGGCGAAUAUCCACUUGGUGAAAGCCUUAUUGGCCAAAUUUUGGAAUCCGAAAUAAUCGUUUUUAUUAUCUGAUAAAUUUAAACCAGAAUUAUUCAAUUUCGAGCAAUUCUUUAAGGGGAAACCGCCCCUUAAAAAACUCGAUUUUUUCAUAAAAAAUCGAAAUUGAGUUUUUAUCAUAGGAAGAUGCUCCAAAGUCUCCUCUUUCAGAAUAUAUAUAGAUUUU